AUGAGGAUUACAAGAUGUUGUGGGAUUUUAGUAUAUGAACAGACCAUAAAAUUGAGGCUAGGAGACUGGACCUAUUGAUCAUCAACAAAAAAGAGAACAACUGACAAAUUAUAGACGUCAGCAGGCAAUUUCGGACAAUGGAAGGGUGAGAACAAAAGAGGAUGAGAAAGAAGAAAAAUAUCAAGAUCUCGCUAGAGAAAUCCGAAAGAUGUGGGGCGUAAGGACAAAGGUGAUACCCAUAGUAGUGGGGGCAGUGGGGAAAAUACCACUGAGGUUAAAAGAAAAUCCGAGGACCAUAGGUGUCGACACAUCCAUUGAACUGAUUCAGAGAUGUGUACUUUUGGGGUCAGCAAGGAUACUUAGGAAAGUGUUGGAGAUGUAG